GAAAGCCCUAAUCUUUCUGCACCAACGUUCCUUCUUCUUUCUCUCCUCUGGUUAGUUCGUCGACGACGGUUUCUGUCUUCACUUCUUCCAGCUCCGUCUAAUUUGAGUUAAGUAUUGAAGCAAUGGAGAUUGACAGAGAAGAUGGGAGAACGCCGAAUCAACUUAGACCUCUUGCUUGUUCCCGUAACAUCCUCCAUCGUCCUCAUGGCUCUGCUAGCUGGUCCCAAGGGGACACAAAAGUUCUAGCUGCAGUUUAUGGACCUAAACCGGGAACAAGGAAAAACGAGAACCCUGAGAAGGCUUGUUUUGAAGUCAUAUGGAAGCCUAAAUCAGGGCAGAUUGGAAAAGCCGAAAAGGAGUUUGAGAUGAUACUGAAAAGGACAAUACAGAGUAUUUGUGUCUUGACCGUGAACCCAAAUACCACAACGUCUGUGAUAGUUCAGGUUGUACAUGAUGAUGGUUCUCUUCUACCGUGUGCUAUAAACGCAGCAUGUGCAGCUCUUGUAGACGCAGGAAUUCCGAUGAAGCAUCUUGCUGUUGCUAUAUGUUGUUGCCUGGCUGGUAAUGGAUAUGUUGUACUCGAUCCAAACAAGCUCGAAGAAAAGAAAAUGACGGCUUUCGCUUAUUUAGUCUUUCCAAAUACAACUCUCUCGGUUCUUCCGGAAGUGGAAGGCGAGCCAGUCGAGCAUGGGAUCAUUACAUCAGUCACGCAUGGAGUCAUGUCAGUGGAUGAUUACUUCCUCUGUGUAGAGAACGGUCGUGCUGCUACGGCUAGUUUAUCUGCAUUUUUUAGGAAGCACUUCCAACAAAGCCAGGGACCUUCAUCAAAAGCCGGUUGAUGUUAAAGGCGUUCCAUUAGUGCUCUGGAGACGUUGAAGCAUCAGUUCGUAAAGCGCAAAGCCACCAUGGUGGCAGCCUGGCAUUCUUGAUGCCAUUGUCUUCAGCUCCUCCUGAUCGAUUAGUAUAAAGAGAAACUAAAGUUAUUGUUGAUGGGAACAAAGCAUUUUAGACUGUAAAACGAUUGUUCUC